CAAUUCGGCGCAAACUGUGGACCGUGGACACAGUGUUUAGAUGGAAUAAAACUGAAUGGAGCACGCGGGCAUGGAUGGAAGCAAUGGGUGACUUCGAGCAAAUGUAUCAAGAAUGGAUAUAGCGGAGGCGAGUUUUCCGGUGCUCAACUCCUCCGCGAACGGCACGAGCGCGCCCAUACUUCCUCCACACUCGCGCUGCGCGGCCGCCUUCAUCAUCCUCGUGGUCACCGUCAUCAUUUUGGUCACCAUCGUAGGGAACGUGCUUGUAGUGGUGGCCGUGUUCACGAGCCGCGCUUUGCGCGCACCUCAGAACCUCUUCCUGGUGUCACUGGCGUCGGCGGACAUCCUGGUGGCCACGCUGGUCAUCCCGUUCUCUCUAGCCAACGAAGUGAUGGGCUACUGGUACUUCGGCAGCACUUGGUGCGCGCUCUACCUGGCGCUCGACGUGCUUUUUUGCACCUCGUCAAUCGUGCAUCUGUGCGCCAUCAGCCUUGACCGCUACUGGUCGGUAACGAGCGCCGUGAGCUACAACCUGAAGCGCACGCCGCGGCGCGUGAAGGCCAUGAUCGCCGCCGUUUGGCUCAUCUCAGCCGUGAUCUCAUUCCCACCGCUUGUCAUGACCAAGCACGACGAGCUCGAGUGCCUGCUAAACAACGAUACGUGGUACAUCUUGGCGUCAUGCGCCGUGUCCUUCUUCGCACCAGGCCUCAUCAUGGUAUCCGUGUAUUGCAAGAUCUACAGAGUGGCCAAACAAAGGGCCGCCACCGUGUUUGUGGCCAAAGCCAGCAUGGCGCGCCAGCCUUCACUCUCCGAGACGGGUUUUGUUCGCAAAGGAAGGUCCGAAGCGACUAGUCCGAGUGUGUGCGGCUCUAAAGAGCAAAACCAAGGUGAGCUGGACGCCAUCGAUCUGGAAGAGAGCUGCGUCUCCAGUUCGCGCUCGGCCAAAAGUGGCAAAGUGGAAGUCGCGUGCGUGUGCGCACGUGCCAAGCUGGACGGACGUGCGUCGGAAGUGUGUGACCAUGAGCCGGUGAAUCGUGUCCGACAGAGCUCUAUGUCCAAAGCCAAACUGGCUCAGAUGCGCGAGAAACGCUUUACUUUCGUAUUGGCUGUGGUUAUGGGUGUCUUUGUGCUCUGCUGGUUCCCGUUUUUCUUCACGUACAGCCUUCAUGCCGUGUGCAGGGAGAGCUGCACCAUCCCUGACACGCUGUUUGACCUCUUUUUCUGGAUCGGCUACUGCAACAGCUCAGUGAACCCUAUCAUUUACACUAUUUUUAACCGAGACUUUCGGAGAGCGUUUAAAAAGAUCAUAUGCCACACUAAGUGAGAGCCUGAAUGUAGAUUAUUAUUGAUCCCAGGGGCAACUGGUGCACACUUGUACCUGUUGCCCCAGCAGAGAGUGAGUGAGUGUGUGUGUGCGGCGCGUGCGUGAGUGUGUUGAUGUGUAAAUACUGUAAGGAACGCCAUUUGCUUUUACAUAUAUUCUCUGUUUACAUAUAUAGAUAAAGAUGCUGAGAUUUCAACAUUAUAAAAUACUGAAUACUGAAUACGGAUGCACAGUAAAGUCUCCAGUGUUUAUGUAAGAAUAGCUGGACACAAACGAUUUGCAUUGUGCUGCGAAUGCAGCUGUAUGAGGGAUUGACAGGUCCAACAAAACAUCCAGAAAAAAUGAUUUUCUGGUUUGGCAAAAAAAUAUUCAUGCUUUCAUGCUUUAAAUGAAAUGAUUCCUGCUAUUUGUUUGAAUGGAUAUUGGUCCAAAUAAAUCUAUAUCAGAUAUACCAGUGGUUCUCAACCAGGCGGGCAUGCCCUGGGGUGGGGGUGGGGGUGGAGAGAAAGUGCAUAAAUGAAAAACCCCGAGUUCCCUCUCCCUCUGCAUUUUCUUUAUGCUGGGGAGAGGCGGAGCUUAGCCGGCCUUUUAUCUAGCUGUCAGUGCAAACCAGUGUUGCCAACUUAACGAUUUUUCAGACCCAUUUAGCAACUUUUGUUUUGCUUAAAAAAAAGCGCCUAGCAACAAAUCUAGCGACUUUUUGGACAAAUGUUAUCAACUUUCCAAAUGUCUCCAGUACUGUCCUGCAAGUACGAGGUCUUGCUUUCCUGCUGCACUCACACCUCUCUCUGCGUCUGCUCUGUUCAGUGAGUGUCUGAGAGCUGGAGA